AUGAGUGAGCCGGGCUCACAGAAGACCAGCGAGGGCACCGUUUCUCGCCUGCUCAAUGUGGUGGAGAGUGAGCUUCAGGCAGGGAGGGAAAAAGGCGACCCUACAGAGAAGCAGCUUCAGAUCACCCUGGAGGAUGCUCCGCUCUGGCAGAGGUUCAAGGAAGUCACUAACGAGAUGAUCGUGACCAAGAGUGGCCGACGGAUGUUCCCUGUCCUAAAGAUCAGUGUCACGGGGUUGGACCCUAAUGCCAUGUACUCCCUCCUACUGGACUUUGUCCCCACGGACAGCCACCGCUGGAAGUACGUCAAUGGCGAGUGGGUACCUGCAGGCAAACCAGAGGUCUCCAGCCAGAGCUGUGUCUACAUCCAUCCCGACUCCCCCAACUUUGGGGCCCACUGGAUGAAAGCUCCUAUCUCCUUCAGCAAAGUGAAGCUGACCAACAAGCUCAACGGAGGUGGGCAGAUAAUGCUGAAUUCUCUGCAUAAAUAUGAGCCCCAGGUUCACAUAGUGCGGGUUGGAGGUGCCCACCGCAUGGUGAUGAACUGCUCCUUCCCUGAAACCCAGUUCAUAGCUGUGACUGCCUACCAGAAUGAAGAGAUAACAGCUCUCAAAAUCAAGUACAACCCAUUUGCCAAAGCCUUCUUGGAUGCCAAGGAAAGAAAUCACCUAAAAGAUGUCCCGGAGGCGAUCUCUGAGAGCCAACACGUGACGUACUCUCACUUGGGAGGCUGGAUCUUUUCCAACCCGGAGGGCAUGUGCACAGCGGGAAACACCAGCUACCAGUAUGCUGCUCCUCUGCCUCUGCCUGCUCCCCACACCCACCCCGGCUGUGAGCACUACCCUGGUCUCCGAGGACACCGGCAAGCUCCCUACCCUUCUGCCUACGUGCAUAGAAACCACUCUCCCUCAGUGAAUUUGAUAGAAAGCUCAAGUAAUAAUCUGCAAGUUUUCUCGGGACCUGACAGCUGGACUUCUUUAUCCUCCACGCCCCAUGCCAGCAUCCUCUCUGUACCCCACACCAAUGGACCAAUCAACCCAGGGCCUAGCCCCUAUCCGUGCCUGUGGACCAUCAGCAAUGGCGGUGGGGGCCCCGCUGGGGCGGGCCCAGAGGUGCAUGCCGGCGCUCCGGGGGCAUUUCUUCUCAGUAACACAGCCAUGACUUCACCUCCCUCGGUGCUCCCCGCGCAAGCACCCACUUCAGCCGGCGUGGAGGUUCUGGGGGAGCCCUCGCUGACCAGCAUCGCAGUGUCCACCUGGACAGCCGUGGCCUCGCAUCCCUUCCCGGGCUGGGGUGGCCCAGGUGGGGGUGGGCGCCAUUCUCCCUCCUCAUUGGACAGUUAGAGAGGAUGCCAGAGCCUUCUGUGUGUGUAGAGUGCUUAGGAACCCACCUGCUGAUUGCAGUGAGUCAGCCAGCGGGGAGGCUGGAGGGCUGGGUGGGUUUUACCAAUGCCCUCCUGGGAGAUGCUUUAGUUUGGGUGAUGCCAGUGACUCAGUUGCAUCUCUCUCAAUUUUCUUUAGCGUCCCCAUUUUCUCUGCAGCUUAUCCUUGCCGGGCUCGGGCUACAGAACUUCACUGAGUACCUCCCUUGUGUUCUGGAAAGCCUCGCUUCCUUCUCUGUGGAGGGGCUGCAAAGCUGUCAAGUGAGCUCACACAGCUCACUUUGCUAAGGCCGCUGCUUCCUAGCUUUGUGCAGCCUAGAAAGGGGGUAUGGCCGCAGGGCCCAGGCUGGCUUUGGCUCUGAGACCACGGGAGGGUGUGAGUGCCCAGAGUAGAGGAAAUACAAAUGAUCAAGCGAAUCCUGCACUCUCCCGGCAGUGGGCCUGGCACUGGGGAGAUGAGGUCACGCCAUUUCUUUGUUCAGAAACCUUCAAAGGCUCACUAUUGCCCAUGGAAAAGUGACGUCAGAUCUCCUUACUCUGGGGAGAUCCUUCACUUGUGCCCCCAAGCCACUCCUCUGGCUUCAGCGCCUCUGUUAGCAAGGCAGGCAGUGCUCUGCCCCCUGAAGGUUCGCUACCCUGGCCCUCCUCCGCAUGUCUCCUUGCGCCUCAAGUGCAUUUCUCUCUGUUCCACCUGUGCAAAGCCAGCCCACCUCCCAGGGGCCAGCUGAGAUGCCACACCACUGCACUAAACGCUUGCUGACUCUGAGGCACAUAUUUUAUUCUCCCCUGCUCCCUGCUUUCCCACUGUUUUGGCCUCUGUCAUAAAGCUCACCCCCUUCUGCUUUGUGUUUCUGCUACCUGUGAGCAUGUCCCUCUCUCCCCCACUAGACUGUCAGCCUCUGGGGGGUGAGGCCUGUCAUUCUUGUCUUUGCACCCUCACAACACGUGAUACCGUGCCUUGCCUCUUGUA